GAAUAUUAGAAAGAACAGAGUAGCCGUAUACGCGCAAGAAGUAUUUUUCUACUGUGUUUAGCGUGGAUUGUAUUUGCAGUCUGGUUACUAUGUGUCUGUCAAGCCGAAGCAGACGGCACGUAUGCGGCGGCCGGUUUUCUCGGCAUGUGAACUACAGCUGACGAGAAAAUUUUACCUUUGACGCCAAGAAGAGCCUGACCUUGCACCGAAAAAUGAGGCGCGCCUGCGAGAUCUGCUAAACGGCCCUCCUAGCAAAAUGCGUCCGGCGUGCUGUUAUUUUGUGGCUGCUACGGCCACAGUUGCUGCCUACUACUCGCUCGAGGUGUGCUGCCAGAAGCCUUACGAUGUGCGGCUACCAGAGGAACACGUGGGCAUGUUCUUUCGUAACAACCUUGAAGCUGCACGCAGCUGUCAGGACGAACCUGCCUGCCCGUACAAGCGUUUCCUCAAUGUAACAACCUGCUGGGGAUACGAGCCUGGUUGCUCAGCACAACACAGAUACAGUCUUGCCGCCUGUCCUGAGGGUUCAGCUGGGUGGGCAUCAAACAAACAGCAGCAGGAGCAGCUUUUCUUCAACCAGGGUGACUUUGGGUUCAUCCGCGAACGCAAGAAGACUCUCAGCAUUCUCUGUCGACCGCACAAACCGGGUGCUUCGUUGCUGGAAUGUGUCCGUCACAUGGAACUCUGUCGGGCCAAGAACAUACGCCUGGACUUCCAGCGCUUGCUGAGCAUGACAGGGCUCGUCAAGUACCGAGAGGACAUCCUGGGCCCUGGCCUUGUUGGUGGCCACUGUCGGCUGGACAAGGACUCUCUGCGCCUCGAAGGGGACCACAAGAGCGCUUUACAGUCGUGGUAUGCUGAACUGGAGCACUUUGAAGAGCUCACGGAGCUGCCUUCCCGGGAAAGUGGCUGUGAUGUUGUCCUGGAUCGGCCAACAGUCAUCAUGAAGCUCGAUGCCACGGUGAACAUGUACCACCACUUCUGCGACUUCCUCAACCUCUACCUGACCAUGCAUUUCAACAAUAGCCUCGCUGGGGAUUUCGACAUCCUCAUCUGGGAUACGCUCCCUUACAGGGGCACUUUCCUGCCAAUGUGGUCAGCAUUUCAUUCGGGAAAGCUGAGAGACCUGUCCGAAUUUCGAGGAAAGAAGGUGUGUCUGCAAGAGGCGCUGUUUGCCUUCCUGCCACGCAUGAUCUUUGGCAUGUACUACAACCUGCCUCUGGUUCCUGGUUGUCAUUCAAGCGGGGCGUUCAAAGCCUUCAAUCGCCACGUGCUGCACAAGCUCAAUGUCAAAGUGCUCCCACCGGCAAAUCAUGUACGUGUUACGCUGCUAUCUAGGGGAACUAAGCACCGUCGCAUUCUAAAUGAAGACGAGCUGCUUACAGCAGCUAGGAAACUUCCAGAUGCAUCUGUGCAGAGGGUCCACUUCAACCAUGCGACCGACUUUCGUCACCAAAUUGAGGUGAUGGCAAACACUGAUGUGCUCAUCGGAAUUCAUGGUGCUGGAUUGACACACGUGCUGUUCCAGCCAGACUGGGCCGUCCUUUUUGAGAUCUACAACUGUGAUGACCCAGUGUGCUACAAGGACUUGGCACGACUUCGUGGCAUCAAGUAUCUCACGUGGGAGGACACCACAAAACUUAGUCCUGAAGACGAGGGCCACCACCCAACACUUGGAGCACAUGCCAAGUUCACCAACUACCACUUCGAUGUCAACGAGUUUCUUCGACUUCUCGGCAGGGCCAUAGACCACGUCAAGAAAGCACGCCUGCAGGCCGUCACCGAUAAGCUGAGUACCAAAGGGGCACAGCCCACGGCAGGUCAUCAGGAAUUGUGAUACCGUUUGUAGAGGCUGUAUUCUGCAAUGAUUCACUUCAUUUUCCAUUCUUCUUUGCUUAUCAUCCUUUACACCAAGCUGCAAAUGCCGGCAUUAAAAUGAAGAAGGGUCAGAAGAAUGUAACAAUAAAUGGAUCCUUGCAGAAUGGCAAAUCAGCUUUGCAGAGAGGUGGAGGAGAAUUCAAAAACGGAAAAAAAUACUGUCAUUCAGACGAGACUACAAAGGAAACUGGUUUCUCAAAAAGAAAGCUUCGCAGUUUGAGAAAUUCAUUUGGGUCUAGAGAUGGAAUCCAUGACCUUUACUGUGAUUUCUUUCCAAAAAACUCCUGUGGGUUUUCUUUGUAGCUUUCCGCUACCCUCAGGUAGAUCUUACGUCAUUGCAGAAUACGUCCCCGACAUUGUGUUCACGCUUUUUUUCAUUUUAACAACUAUUUGGCAUGAAUGGAACCAUUACACUCUUCUUGCUUUCUUUUGGCCGGUGCUUCCUAUUCACAGAAGCAGUUCUUGCAUUUUGAAUGGUGAGCCCAACCAAACGAGCAUAAAAGGUCGCGUGUAUUGACAAUGGGUGCCCCUGAGGUAGGAUACCUAUAGGCUGGGAAGCACGUACUCUUGAAUUAAUGAAAAAUUACGGUCACUGACCAAGUCAGAAAUGACAAGUUUGACGUUUCGGAACCUGUACAAGUUCCUUGUUCACAAUGCAUUUUCGUAAUUUGUCAUUAAUACAACAUGCUACCUGACCAGACGAGCUUUCGUCGAACUCUUAACUACGUACACUCUUGAAACUUUCUAAAAUGUAUAGCAACAGCUGCGUUCCUCUAGGGAAAUGCACAAGCAGUUAAGGCAGACUGUGAUCGGACAAGCGGAGCACAGUACAGUUAAUGCUGUGAUCGAGCAGCUGCUACUGAUUGUUCUGUUAAUCCUUUCAUGUGAUAUCAUUUGCAUCGUAAUGAUUGAAUUAGUGUUUCUAUGUGUGUGUGCAUGUAAUGUGUAUCUGUUGUUACAGACACUCACUCAAGGUGGAUGUUUAGCUUAUUUUGUGCCAUAAACGAAUUAGCACUCUUUGCUGCCAUGAGCUCUUCCUCCUAAAGACCGAUCAAGCCCGUCCCUGCUUAGCGUUGUUGGCAUGACAAUGUUCAGUGCAUUAAGCCUAACAUGGCUGACAAAUGUUGGCUUGUUGCCACCAGAUCAAGCAGGUAUCAGCAGUGUAAUCAUUGAGGUGAGCAAUGAAUGAAGCAGCUGAGAAAACAGAUCCAAAUAGAGCAGUUUAUUGAUAUUUCGUGACAGUGCAGCUGUUCAUACUGCCUAACAUGCAAAGCAGCUUCUGGCACAAAAGUGGAUAUCUGCAUGUUUAGGAGAACUCACAUUUAUUUGUCAAUCUAGCAUUGCACAAUUUCUGAUACUGUUCUUGCCUUGGCAACUAAGCGCAAAGACGCACCCCGCGAGGCAACCUUCUGCUUACGUCGUCCAGCAGUGGGCAGCCAGGGCGCUGCAGCUCCGUACUCCUCGCUGUCGUAGCGUACUGGCUGCCUACUGCUCGGUGACGUAAGCAGAACGUCACCUCGAAGGGUGCGUCUUUGCGCUCACUGCAGCCUCCCAGUUUCGGUGUCACGCACUCAGAUAACCGAAAUUUGUCGUGCCACAGUUCCACAAGUAAUCGCAUUUUUCCAGAUCCAGAAGUUGUUAUGGCUUGUAUGGAGAGCUCGCUUCAAUUACCCAAUCGCAAUGACUCUGCUGAAAAUAAAAUUGCAAAGGUUAAUUAAAUUUUUUUACAUUAAGAACUAAUUACCAUGUAUCACCCGUCACCCUUUGGUUGCCACUAAUGACGAAAUGUCCCUGAAGGAACUGUCCUUUUAUUUCAAAAUGGCUAUUUUUAAAUAUCUUUGCAAAACACCUGUUAUAUAAUGUGCGCGUGUAACUUGUGUGUAGCCCAUGCAAGUAGCAGCAUACUGCAACAGUGAAAUCUUCGUAAAAGCAACGUGGCACAAUUGUCAGCACAAUGCAACGUUUUAGAAGCAACUGCUUAUAUUGUGUGUUCAGUCAUCACAACUUUCUCUGCUGUUCCUUGUUGAAGUACUGUGUGACUUCUGAGCAAUGCACUUGCAUUGUGGUAAAGCCCCUCCCUAAGGAAGAAUUUCCUUACUGCCCUCACUUCCACUUUAAAAACUUGUUUCUUGAAUUCUUGGUACAGCUGUCAUGUGCAAAACAUGGCAAUUUGCAUCAGAUGCACUGCUGUAUGCUUGUUUUGUUAAUGGCAUGCUGAAAUGUAUUAUCAGAGAAUGUUGCCUUUAAACAAGGCAAAGUCAGCAGCUUUGAAAAAGGCUCUGCCACUUAAGGCUGAACUGCAGGGCAACCAGCCUGCAUAAGUGGCCAGACCAUCAACAUGGUGGACGCAAACAACACGAACAUUACAGCAUUCCUCACUGAUUGCCUCAUGUUUGAAUUAUUCUGUGUAUAGCUCUUAGUAGAAGGGCACACUUCUGUGAUUGUGAGUGCUUGAUUAGAAUGUAAUGGUACGAAUGAAACCUAAGAAAAAGACAGGCUAAUCUGUGCCUUGUUGCUGCAGUGCCUCUCAGGAAAGUUUGAAUGGUUGAGAAGGGUUCAGUAUACAAUUUGCUGUGACAUUUAAUGACAAUAGAGUUAUGUGCUUUUAUGUUGGUCCACUGCUUUUAUUGGUUUUAUGUGAUGCACCUUAUAGUACAUUUAGAGUACUGUUGAAUUUGUCACCUACAAUUCUUAAGUGCUUUGAUGUGUCUUGCUAUGAGGACCACCCCUUGAGGAGCAGAAUCGAAGCUUCUGCCACAAUGUCUUCAGAGUAUGAUUUGCUGAUAGUACAGUGGUACAAAAGGCAAGUCCAUCACAGGCAUGUGCUAUGUACCACUGUGCCACCAAGUUGAAAUGUUGCCUAAGUGUGGUUUCAGUAGCAGAUAAGCACUGUAAUAUAACUGAAAGUUGGGCAAGUUGGUACUUAAUCAAUGUCCUAAACUGCAGCGCACACUAAAGAAGGCCACCGGCAAGUUAACAAACAAGCGCUCACUUGCAACUCAGCUUAUUUUUGGAAAGGAUGGUACUUAUAUACCCUUUGUCCUUUGUCUUUUAAGUUCUGUAGUUUAAAAAUGAAGGUAAGCACUGAUAACCAAAAUGCUUUGUACCGGGAUUUUAGGUGCCAAACACUGAUGGGUGCCUUGAAUUGUGUUAUGCACUGUGCCUUGACUUUCACUUACGGUGUGCACAAUGUCCCUGCAUGCAACACUAUAUAUAUCAGAAAGAAAAGCUAGGCCACAAUUGGCAAUAGUGAUGGCUGUUUUGCAGGCAACCUGCAGCCUGCAUUUUACCUUUCACAACAUUUCCUAUGGUUGUGAGACAGAAAUGGCGACAAGGGAAGAAAGAUGGGGGAACUAUCAAAGGCCUUGCUGCUUUACUUACCACUAUGAGGACUUCUUGAGUUUUGUAUGUCCGAAUUUUAUUUGUUGCUCUUUUUCUUACAUUCCCCCCCCCCCCUCAUUUCAAUCACCUCUAGCCAAUGUAGCAUACCCUGCAUCCAGCAGAGCUGACACCUUCAACUUUCAUUAUGCUCUAUCAACAUCACCUGAUCAUGUUUUGGGCAGAAUGCUGUGAAAAGAACAUUGUUAUAACUGAAGUUCCAAGUGCAGUUCUAUCAUUUGGUCAUUAUUUGUGUGUGCACUUUAAUUCUAACACUGUUGUACGAACCAGCCCAAUCCUCUGCUCUUGUGAAAACUGCUGACUGAUGAAGGCAGUAGUGCUCAAAUAUUUGUUCAUUGUGGACCCUUUAGCUCAUAAAAAGGUCACACGGUGACUGCCCUUGGCAACGUUGCCAGUAUUUUCUAAGCAUAAGUUUGCUCAGAAGAAGGAAUGUUAAGAUAAGGUCACAGAGAUUAAUGCUUGUCCUUGGCCAGAGUGCGAAGUAGAGGCAGUGAUAGCCAGCAAGACUGUUUCACAGAGCAUCAGGUUCAUAAAAUGUUGAGCAAUUUGCUUUAGAUAAUGACUGUCUUAUCAAUAGAUUCCCAUAAUUUUUGGCUGCAGCACACGAGCAGAUCAUGAAUUCUGCUUUUUAUUUCCUAUUCCAACUUUCUCUCCUCUCUGUCAACUUUGCGCAAUAUAUUUGAAAUCAAAUGAUCAUCACUGAGCAGUGUUCUAAGUGGUCCCAAAGGAUUUCCUUGAACCUUUUGUUAUUCAAUAAAACUUUGGUUAGGGGUAGUUGGUACAUAGUAACUUUCUAAGGUGAAAAAAUUGAUGCAAGCACACAGUAAAACCACAAAGAAGAGACGAGACCGUACUUGUCCAGCGCCACUACUUGUCUCUUCUUUGUGGUUGUCCUGUGUGUUUGCACUGAUUUUUUUCACCUUUCGUUAUUUGCCCAGGUUGAAAACACUGAUCGUUACAGCUGACACUUCCACGAGUGCUGGUGUAGUUUGAAUAGUUGGAGCCCAACGCUUUGCUUUGGGUACAGGUUUUUGUGUCGUCUGUGGAAUUAAGCUUGUUUCAACAAAUCUGCUUUGCCAGUUUUACUGGGAUUGGACACUGCAACACAGUUUACAUGUGUAUGGAUUGAUCACUCUCAACCUUAAAAAUUUUUAACCAUUCAAUAAUGGCAUGUUGUUUUGCCAAAUGGAAAAAGAAGACAUAGAGCAAUCCACAUACACAUAGGCUGCAUUAUUUUUUGUUUGUUGCCAGUGAUUAUGGUGUACAAAGUGGCAGCAAUGGACUUGCUACUUGAACUUUUUAAUUCUCAACCAGUCUGUGAUGAAAACUUGUGCUUUUGACAAUUUCUCUUACUGCUUUUUACAAGCAAUAAAGUGCCUUUUCAUAGCAUAUUGCA